AUGCGCUGGCAACGUAACGUCUUCAACCUUGGCGUCCGAGCCAAUGGUGGCAUAUUGGCAAGGCCCGGCGUCGCUCAAGGCCCUCACCCCCAGACUAUACAGCUACAACGGGUCAAGAUUCGACGGAAAUGGCUGAAGCGCGCAGCUACGGCUGGCGUCAUCUACGUCGUCUGCUAUGAGGUCUGGACAACUUCUGUGUCUAGCGUUCUCACCAAGUUUCUCAAAGACGUAGAACCGAUCGAAAAGGAGGAAGAUACAGAACCGCUCUUCAUUGCCUUGCCUUUCACGCAGAAAAUGGUCGAGCCCAAACCGUACAGGGGCUCCGAUCCCGAAUGGCAGGCGUUCGCUAAGUUCAGCCGCGAUGUUCCGCUUAUGACGGGUGUGCACAAGGCUGUGGCGGCGUAUGCGAAGAGACAGGUCGAGCUUCAUCCUCCAACAAUCAGAGCAUGUGGUCAAGAAAUCAAGGUUAGUCGGUUAUGGGUGGAGUUUCAAUACCCAUACAAACCGCCACCAACAUUUGAGAGACUAGGAAUCAUGAUAGAUGACGAGGGCAUCUCCAUCGCCUCCGAAGAGAUCGAUCCCGCUCUUGCCUUCAAGAUCAAUCGCGCUCUAUGGCCCUCGGCACUCACACAAUCCCUAUGGAGCUUUAGCACAGCUCUGAUGAAACAGAAUUUCUUGGGCGUGGUGCAAUAUCUUGGCUUCAAUCCCAAUCCAAACAAUACCUCGGCCAAUGUACAACAGGCAAUCGACAAAAUGCGUCAGCGGAUCGACAAAUCACAGCAACCCAUGGAGAAGACAGAAUCGAAGCAUCCGAGCCCAAAUACGCUUCCACAGGCAACAAAACCGCAGGGAGCCGAGGGCUCUUCGGCGUCAAUAGAUAGAUCCUCUGCUGAUACCCCCCAUACAACCACGCGACCGCUACCAACCAGCGGCUCCGUCUCACCAAAUGGACCACCACUUGGCAAGCCACAGUCUGCAAAAGACAUCUACGGCAUCAACCAAGUGUCGGAACACACGAGCGGUCCGUUGCAGGCUUUCAAGAAGAAGUUUGCCCAAACGUGGAGGCCGUGGCGGAUGCCACCCAACUACCCGCCACGGGGCUCCUUAAAGGUUUUAGGCAUGGUGGAGCUUACGGGACCACGUGGGAAAGUCGUGGUGGACGUCUUCGCCUGGUUUAAUCCCGCAACAAACACCAUUGACACGAGUACCAUAAAAAUAUUCUUGCGGAGUGUGUCGCCAAAGGUACAGGAGCCAUUGAGAAAUUGA